AGUUCUUGGGGGCUUUCGGGUUCGCGUACGCGUACAUUCAUACAGUCACGCAUUGGGCGAGUAAAUUUGAGAGCGAAAAAGAAAACGCAUAGGACUUUUCAAGGUGUUAAUUGUCCUUAUUGAAACCUGCACAUUUUUUUAUAUUGUUUGUCAUUUUUCUCUUCAAAGGUGUGGUGUUUGCAGCGGCCAGCGUAAAGCUCUUUUCGUUGUUCUUGUUAUCCCUCCUCCUCAUUUCGGCGUUGAGUCGUUGUUGUGGCUGGUUCGCCUCCUUGUUCUUAUUUUAGUUAUAUUAUUUACUCCAUUUUCAGCUUCUAAUUCACUAUGGCGUCUGCCGCAGAUAAGGGCUUCUUGGCCAAGAAGAUUAUCUCCAGCGAUGGCCCGAAGGGCGGGGAGGUGGUGCACGACGCAACGCUGGGCGAGUGGUGCCUCACCCGCAUCGAGCCAGAGGAGGAGUCGAACCGUCGUCGCUCCGUUCUGGAGCGCAUCGUGAACGUCGUGCGGGUUUGGAUUCGACACACGAUGAUUACGGAGUUCCGCAUGCCCGAGGCGGCCGCGGCGCAGGUGGAGGGCCGCAUCUUCGCCACCGGCUCCUACCGGUACAACGUGCACACCUCCGGCAGCGAUAUUGACAUGGUCCUCAUCGCGCCGAGUCGCAUCACCCGGGAGCACUUCUUCAACUCCCUCGCGCCACGGCUGAAGAGCGAGCCGUGGGUGACGGACCUGCACUGCAUUCGCGAGUCGCGCGUGCCGAUUAUCGCGAUGAUGUGCGACGGCAUCGAUAUCGACCUCUCCUUCGGCUCGAUUCGGCAAGACCGCGUGCCGGAGGUGAUCACUGAUGACCUCCUGCAGGGCUUAGAUGAGCAGUCCGUGCUCAGCUGCAAUGCGGUGCGGGUGGCCCACAACAUCAUGGACCUCGUCCCCAACAAGGCCGUCUUCCGUCAGGCCCUGCGCUUCGUGAAGGCGUGGGGUAAAGCUCGCGCAAUCUACAGCAACACCUUCGGCUUCCCGUCGGGCAUCGGCUGGGCCAUCCUAACCGCCUUCGUUUGUCAGUGCUACCCCAACCAGAACGCCGCCGGCAUGAUCACGCGCUUCUUCCGCACCUACCACACGUGGUUUAAGCCAAACCCGCACGAGACGGGCACGGAGAACCGAGCAAUUUACCUCACGGAGUCGACGCGGGCACGCAGCCACCUCGGGCGCGGCUGGGACCCGCGAGAGUCGAAGUCGGACGCUAUGGCCCUCUUCCCGGUCCUGACGCCUGCUGUGCCGUACGGCAACGCCUGCUACAACGUCACCCUGACGAACCUGCGCCAGUUGUGCGUUGAGUUCCAGCGCGGCCAUGAGCUGCUGAGUCAGCACCUCGGCCUGAGCGAGGCGGAGGCGAAGGCGCGCUUUGGCCCUUUCGGGGUGUGGUCCAGCGUCCUGGAGCCGGUGCCCUUCUUCGGGAAGUAUCAGCACUAUCUGCACAUGAAGGUGUCCUGCAGCGAUGCGGAGCUCUAUCAGGCCUACGCCGACGGCGUGGAGUCGCGCAUGCGUAUUUUGUGGUCGGGCAACGCCUCCUCACGCGGGCACACGCUGGAGGACUACCGCCAGCUGCGCCUGCACCUCAACCCCCGCCGCUUCGAGGACCCCGACGAGGUCGAGCUGCGGGCACGCAUGACGAGCAAAGCCGCCGGCGCAGGGAGCGUGGCCGGCCCGCGCGGCAGCGUUGGCCCGCGCAGCUCUGGACAGCUGAACGCCGACACGCACGCGAAGUCUCUGCGGGAUGGCGUCGCGGCCAAGCACGACGCGUCGUCCUCGACUACCCCCUCUUCUGCGAGUGCGGGUGCGACGGCGGCUGCAGCGGGUCCGACGUGGUUCACGGCGCACUACUUCAUCGGGAUGACGGUGGACACGAAGGUGUCGUCGGCGAAGAUUGACCUGAUGCCCGCCAUCCGCACCUUCCACACGGUGGUGCGUGAGCUGCGCCAGUACCGCGAGGGCAUCACGAAGCUGCCGGCGAUCACGGUGGUGGAUAUGACCCGCAUCCCGGCCUUCGUGAAAGAGGCGGCGGGCUACGUCGAGGCGGCGGAGGAGCAGCAGCACGAUCUAGAAGAGCCGACAGAGGCAACGGCAGCUGCGACGCAGCAGGAGGCAGAGAGGCGGCUUAACGAGGCGAAGAAAGAGACGCCUUCGAUGAGCGGUGGCCGUGAUGGUGAUGAUGGUGGUAGUGGUGGUGCUGUAGGCGGCUUCUCUGCUUCGUCUUCUACGUCUUCGCCUGCACCGGCGCCGUCGAACGGUCAUCACAGCGAACACGAGACGGCGUCCUCCUUGUCAGCGGCCACCACCACCACCGCCGCCGCCGCAGCAGCCCACACAACCGGCGGCACCUCCUCCUCCUCUACCGCGGCGCAGAGUGCGGCUGAGGACAAUCAUCCUUCCUCCUCCGCCGUGGCCUCCACGACAGCUGGACAGGGCAGAAGUCAUCCGGGCAGCAGCACCGCUGUUUCCGCCGAGGCGGCGGAGGCGUUGCGCAAGCGUCCGCGAGCAGAGGAUGGUCAGCACAACGGCGCCUCUGUGACUGCCAAGACGGAGGCUACCACCACCGCUGUUGCCCCGGCUGCAGUUGCUGCUGCUGCCAAGAAGAACGACGACGAUGACCUGGAUGUGGCGCUGGGCCUCGAUUUCUAA